UGGAAACACUGUUAUCUGAGCACUCCUUGAGUUUUCUCCUGCAAAUCCCCUCUGAGGGAACCACUUUGUGCUUUUUUCACAUCUGUUUACCCACAAUCAAACCUUUGCAGCUUUCAGAGCUGACUUUUGCAAUGAAAUAUUGCUGUUUAUCAGGACACGUUCCUGUUGCUGCUGAUAACUUAACACAAGACCCAAGAGGACCAAAAGCUGCUGUCCCUGUUGGUUUGGGUGCAGGGAACCAGGUCGUGCUCCUGCAACAGUGGGCACAGGGAGGAGAAACCAGAGCAAAAGAAGCUUGUGUGGAGCCACGAACAGAAAACCCGAGCAGAAGAGAUGCUGUGAACUGUCACAGGCUACUUUCCAUCCUGUGUGUUUUUGCAAAAGGGCCCCCAAAGCACAAAUUCUGCUCCAAGCCCUGGUGCCUUUUCCUCCCUUUUGGCAGCAGCUCCUGAGCCCUGAACAGGCUCCUGUCCCCUGCAAACACUUCAGCUGCCUUUGACCUGUGAGCUCUCAAUGGCUUAUUUAUUUAAUAAAGUGUUUUUAAACUUGUCUUUCUCUUUCAUUCUGCUUAAUUUGUUGGGGUUGUUUUUUUCCUCCUUAAUCUUUGUCCCUCCUCUCUCUUUCCCUCCCUUAUCUUUUCCCCUCCCCUCCCCUCGGCCCUUUGUGCUGCCUCCUGUGCCAGAGGCGUGUUCAGCUCAGAACAAAGUCCUGCCAGACUGCCCUUGGCACCAUGACAACGCUGAGAGCCAGUGCCAACCCCACAGGGGCUGUUGUGGCUGGCUGGGCUGUGGCCCAGGAGGUCUCAGCUGCCUGCAGGUCCCCUCAGCCUCUCCUCUCCUUCCACCCCAGGCUGCCAAGUGCAUCCACCCCACAGAGCCCAGGAGAACGUCAGCCCCGGGCCAUGAGGUUUCUGUGCCACGAUGGGGAAGGGAAUCCAAAAGCCAAAUUCUUCAAUCCAGGAAGAAACACUGAACACCUGCAGUGAUCCAGAGAAACAGUGCAAAUGGGUUCUCAGUGUGAGACCCCCUUUCCCUGAGCCGGAAUUCUCCCACGUGUGCCCAGACACCUGGCCUGGUUUCCAAGGAAAAUGUUAUUAUUUUUCUGAGGCUGAGGGCAACUGGAGCAGGGGCCGGACAAGGUGUGAGGCCCUGGGAGCUUCCCUGGCCACCAUAAGCACGAGGGUUGAACUGGCCUUCCUUCUGCGCUAUAAAGGCGAAGCAAACCAUUGGAUCGGGCUGGGAAUGAGGGAUAACGGCUGGGAGUGGAUCAAUGGCACAGCCUUGAACGGCAGGUUUGAGGUGAGGGGUGGAGGACCCUGUGGGUACCUGAACUAUGGGUGGAUCAGCUCGUCCCUGUGCCACACGGAGAAGAACUGGAUCUGCAGCCGCCCCAAUGACUAUGUCCUGUGGAAGGGGAAAUUAAGAGACCCCAAAACAGGAGUUUCACCCUAGAUCUCCAACCAGAUGAGGGAGCUUCACACCAGCACUGCAACUGGAACUGCUGGGGGAACAUCCCAGUUGUCCGGUCAGGAAAUUUUCGCUGAAUAUCUCAAAAAUAUCUUGUAUUGGAAAGCACCUCACAAGGAUCAUCAAGUCCAACCCUCAGCCCUGCCCAGGCCCAUCCCCAGGAGUCACCCCCUGUGCCCCAGAGGAUCAUCCAAACCCUCCUGGAGCUCUGGCAGCUUUGGGGGCUGUGCCCACUACCCUGGGGAGCCUGGGCACUGCCCCCCAACCAGCCUCUGGGGGAAGAACCUUUUCCUGGGAUCCAACCUGACCCUACCCUGACACAGCUCCAGCCGUUCCCUGGGGUCGGCAUCCAGAGAGACCUUGAAAAGUCCUCCAGCAAAGCCUUGGACACUGUCUCCCAGGCCACACUCCUGGAAAAGCUGCAGCCCAUGGCCUGGACAGGGUUGCACAGGAAAGCAGGGAUGGAGCCGCUUGGCUUAUUGUUAUCUGUAGUAAUAUAAAAGCAUAAAAAUAACUCUUAAGUAUCAGGAACCAACAUUAUAUGACCCUGAGAGAAUCUCAAGGGGAGCUCAGCAACUUUAAUGCAGACAUGGUGAGAUGUAUCCAUGUGUGUGUGAAAUUGUUUGGGAGUAUUUUCUCCUGCUCUGUAAAUGCUUAAUUAAAAAGUAGAUAUAGAGAAAAGUCACUAACAGGAAUUUACUGCUGAUUUAACAGGGUGCAUAAACCAUGAAAAAAUUGUAAUAAAUUUUUUUUUUGUACCACACGAGGUCCGUGCCCGAGUGUGUCAGGUGGAGGCAUCAUCCAGCUUCCCAACUGCGGGCGAGGAGAGCUGGAAAGGGGCUUUUUGGCAAACCAACUUGUAGUCACCGACACAGAUAUCAAGAUCCAAGUGGUUGCCUUUCAGGGUCCCACACCCUUCAUCCACCUCCGGCAGGUCCCCAAACCUGCACGACAAAGGGUUUAUUGGCUGAGAGGAGCAAAAAGUGUCCCAGUCCU